CCGGAGCUGAACCACGGGCGGUGCAGGAACCCCAGUGGCAGGCCCAGCGGAGCUGGAGACCAGGGAAAGCCCGGCGCGGGUGCGCCCGCCAGGCCGCUGGGUGGGCUGGUCGCGAUCCACACCUCGCCGGAUGCCCUGAGAGGCUUAAUUUUUCUUGUCUUCUAAAGAAAAUGGCAGAAACAUCAUCAGAGCCUUCUGGGCACCUCGUUGUACACUCAGACACUCACAGUAACGCUGUCCUGGCCAGUUUCGAGGACCAGAGGAAGAAAGGCUUUCUCUGUGACAUUACUUUAAUCGUGGAGAAUGUGCAUUUCCGGGCCCACAAAGCCUUACUGGCUGCCAGUAGUGAAUACUUCUCCAUGAUGUUUGCUGAAGAGGGGGAGAUCGGCCAGUCCACUUAUAUGCUGGAAGGCAUGGUAGCCGACACAUUUGGUAUCCUGCUGGAGUUCAUCUACACAGGUUGUCUCCAGGCCAGUGAGAAAAGUACAGAACAAAUCCUGGCUACCGCUCAAUUCUUAAAAGUCUAUGACCUGGUAAAGGCAUAUACAGACUUUCAAAUUAAUCAUAGUUCCCCAAAGCCCAUGACUUUGAACACGCCUGGUGCUCCAGUGGUUGUUAUUUCUAAUAAGAAAAAUGAUCCGCCGAAGCGCAAACGAGGAAGACCAAGAAAAGUCAACAGUUUGCAGGAGGGGAGAUCAGAACUGGCUGCAGAGGAAGAAAUACAGCUGAGAGUAAACAAUUCAGUUCAGAACAGACAAAACUUUGUGGUUAAAGAGGUAGACAAUGGUAUACUGAAUGAACAGACUGCAGCAAAAGAAAUGGAGGAAUGUGAGCCUGCUUGUGAGCUGCUAGGUCGAGGGGAGGAAACCCCUGCUGAAAAAGAUGAGAACUGUGAUCCUAAGACCCAGGAUGGACAGGACCACCAGACUCGGUAUAGCAAGCGGAGGAUUCAGAGAUCCAUCAAACUUAAAGACUACAAACUUGUUGGGGAUGAAGAAGACCAGGGUUCAGCCAAGAGGGUCUGUGGUAGGAGAAAGCGUCCAGUUGGCCCUGAGGCCCGUUGUAAAGACUGUGGCAAAGUCUUCAAGUACAAUCACUUUUUAGCAAUCCACCAGAGGAGCCACACGGGGGAGCGACCUUUCAAAUGUAAUGAAUGUGGAAAAGGCUUUACCCAGAAGCACUCCCUGCAGGUCCACACCCGGAUACACACAGGAGAGCGGCCGUAUACAUGCACCGUGUGCAGCAAGGCUCUCACCACCAAGCACUCACUGCUGGAGCACAUGAGCCUGCACUCAGGACAGAAGUCUUUUACCUGUGAUCAGUGUGGAAAAUAUUUCAGCCAGAAAAGACAACUAAAGAGCCAUUACCGAGUUCAUACAGGCCACUCAUUACCGGAAUGCAACCACUGCCAUCGCAAAUUCAUGGACGUGUCUCAGCUAAAGAAACACCUCCGAACACACACAGGUGAGAAACCAUUUACAUGUGAAAUCUGUGGCAAAUCUUUCACAGCAAAGAGUUCUCUUCAGACCCACAUCAGAAUCCAUCGAGGAGAAAAGCCAUACUCCUGUGGCAUAUGUGGCAAAUCCUUCUCUGACUCCAGUGCCAAGAGGAGACACUGUAUUCUACACACCGGCAAAAAGCCUUUCUCCUGCCCUGAGUGUAACUUACAGUUUGCUCGCUUAGACAACUUGAAGGCUCACUUGAAAAUCCAUAGCAAAGAGAAACAUGCGGCAGAUGCCGGCAAUGUUUCCAGCAACAAUAAUACUGAAGAGGUCAGGAAUAUUCUUCAGCUGCAGCCGUAUCAACUCUCUACCUCCGGAGAGCAGGAAAUCCAGCUUCUGGUGACCGACUCUGUACAUAACAUCAAUUUCAUGCCUGGUCCUAGCCAAGGAAUCAGCAUCGUUGCUGCAGAGAGCUCCCAGAACAUGACUGCAGACCAGGCUGCUAAUCUCACGCUGCUCACCCAACAGCCAGAACAACUGCAGAAUUUAAUUCUUUCAGCUCAACAAGAGCAAACAGAACACAUUCAGAGCCUCAAUGUGAUCGAGAGCCAGAUGGAACCCUCGCAGAGCGAGCCUGUGCACGUGAUCGCCCUCUCCAAGGAAACCCUGGAGCAUCUGCACGCCCAUCAAGAGCAAACAGGCGAGCUCCAUUUAACAAGUGCUGCACAUCCGGCUCAGCACCUGCAGCUGACGCAGGAGUCUGCUCCACCUCCACCCAGCCACCAUGUGCCCCAGCCCACACCGCUGAGCCAGGAGCAGAGCUGAUCUGGAAACAUGUUUGAAUGUUCUACCGGUCCCUUCUCCACAAGCCAGCUGUAAAUGAAUUGUGUGCUUGAAGUCAGGCUUCCUGACAUGCUCACUUACAGAUCCUUACAGAGAUGUGAUACCUAGCUGAUAGUCAUAAUGUUUUCCAUCCAGGCAGCAAGAUGCAAGAUGCGUGUAUCAUGUCCCAUACAUAGUACUGAUAAAGAUUUAGCAUUUCACUGUCUUUAUGUGGGGUAUUAUUGAUUUGGACUUUUUCGUAAGAACUAAAUGUUCAAAGCCACAGGUUAUAAUCUUGUUGACCUUCUCAGUUAUAGUUUUUAGUUUUUCAGACAAAGGAAGUCAUACGUUGAAUCGGGUAGAGUGGCUAGUUCCACUUCCUCAUUUCUCAUAGGCAGCACGCUUGCCUCCAUGAGUCAGACUCAGACCUGCAGUGAUGUUUGAUCUUCACGAUAAAGUUCAAGCUUUCUUAAUUGCCCGCAAUAAAAAUCUAAUCGGUGUAAUUUGUGUUAAAUAUACUCUGCUGAAUUCUAAUUGACCUCCAAAGAUGGUGAUCUGUGUAUUAUGUCUGAUAACUUUCUGGAGAUAGGAACCUGUAAGCUGCUUUUAUAAAUCCUACAAAAUGGACACACUAUUUUUCAAAGUAAAUGUUUUCUCAUUAUCUUAAAAUCUUUGAGCCUCAGAGAAUUAGUAGCCAGCAUGUGUCUAUUAUUACCAUACGAUUUUAGAUAACUGUCAAAGAUUAAAUGUUUUGUUUAGGUUUUCGAGCCCAGCAUAUUUUAUUUUAUUAAAUACUUUAACUGCUUUCUCUCAAGAAAACUAGUAGAGAAUUUUUCAGAAAAGAUGGUAGGCACUGCUACAUGUAAAUUAACAAUGCCAGUGGAGAGUAGGGCUUAUCUGUCCUAAAAUUAACAGCAUCAUCACAUCAGUUACUUUUUUCUUGUUUUAGACAUCUUUGAUUUCCACCAGAAUCACAUUGAGUUUGGAAUUUAAAGUAACACAUAAUGGUUCAGGUUUGAGAGAUGAAAGAAACCAGUUUUCUAACAUAUUUGUCAAAAUAUAUUUUGUAUAUAAUUCACAAAAUUUCCAAAAUGAUUUAUCUUAGAUGUAUCAACCAAAGUAAUGUUAAAUAAGACCUGACUAGAGCAAAAGUGUGAUUUUUGCAAAUACAGUUAUGCCUUAAAUAUUAUUUCAGGUUCUUGCCUUAGUCAUUUAAACUAUUUACUUAAACCUUAUUCUUAAAAUGCAAAGCUUUUCAAAGCCUACUGGCCCACAUUUUCUCCUGGAUAUAAAUAGUAUUCCACUAUUGGGUUGGCCAAAAAGUUCGUUUUUUCCAUAGAUGGCUCUAGUAGUACUUAGUUCUUAACCUCAUUGAAAGCAGUUUUGUUCGAUUGUAUUGUGACAGUUGUCAUAUCAAUGUGCAUUUUAAAAAAAUAACCAAAACUGGUAAAUUUUUGUAUGGCUGUUUUAAUAUUGAAGAUGUUAGAAAAUAUGCAACAUUUUCAGCUUAUGCU